CUCUCUGAGCCGACAGGCGGCGCUGUGACGUCACGCCGCGAGCGGAAGAAGACGCCCGCCGCCGGAAGUGUCGUGUUCAGAGAAACACUCAUCAUCAGCGUUACGCGUCCAAGAGUUCAGAAUCAAACGUGUGCGUUUCAAACGCGAAUUAAACCCCGGAGAAUCUGCAGAUAUGGCGCAUUUAACGACAAACCCGGCGGAUAAAGAGCGGUUUAUGUGCAUCUGUCCGGCUUACAUCAACAGUAAAAAGACAAUAGCAGGAGGCAGAAGAAUAGCUGCAGAGAAGGCUGUGGAGAACCCGUCGUGUGCUGAGAUCCGGGACGUUCUCACCGCUGCUGGACUCAAUGUUCUGCUGGAGAACAAGAUGUAUCCGCGCGAAUGGAACCGAGACGGUCAGUUCAGAGGGAGAGUGCGGAUUCAGCUCAAACUCGAUGACGGAAGUUUGUGCCAAGACAAGUUUGCAUCUAGUAAGCUAUGCAUUCGUUACNNNGCGGAGAUGAUCCCGAAACUGAAGAGCAGAACGCAGAAGAGCGGCGGCGCCGAGGUCGGAUCACAGCAGGGAGAAGGAGGGAAGAAAGGAAAGAAGAAGAAGAAGUAGAUGAUGAUUUGUUUGUGAAACGGCUCGGUUUUGGUUCCCUUUUUGACUUUUUCAUUAUAAACACUCGCUGGCACCCGAUGGACUUUCAUUUGAUUAUUGUUUGGUUUGUAAUAUUGGAUGACCUCUGACACUUUCUACAGCGACACAGAGGGGUUUGUGUUCAUUAUGGAUGAUGGAUUGUGUUUAAACGAGGGCUGACAGAGCUUGUGUCCUUCAUCGCACCUGUUCCCCGCGGCCUGAACCUCUAUAUUUCCAUCGCUCUGAAUGUGUGAAAUAAAGAGAGCGGAGCAGCA